CCCCCUGACACGGGGCAAUUAACAGCUCUCUACUAAUGUCGGUGGGAAUCGCGAGAGAGAGAGAGAGAGAGAUGGCUGGAGGAGAUAGUACUGCAAGAGCAGCUAAGCCAUCCAUUCCAUGGAAGACCAGACUCUUAAUUGCCGGCCACACUUUCGCCGUCGACUACUCUCGCCGCUCCAACGGCACCAUCAAUCGCGGCCUUAUGAACUUUCUAGACGCCAAAGCCCCUGCCUCCGCCAAACCCAUCAAAGGCGUCACUUCCUCUGAUAUCACCGUCGACCCCUCUCGCAACCUCUGGUUCCGCCUCUACAAUGUUAACCCCCUUGCCGCUGCCGCCGAUGAGUCGAAACUCCCUAUCAUCGUUUACUUCCAUGGCGGCGGAUUCUCGUUCUUCUCCUCGGACACAAAACCCUUCGACGACUUCUGCCGUCGCCUCACCUCCGAACUCCCUGCUGUGGUUGUUUCCGUCAACUACCGCCUCGCCCCCGAAAACCGUUACCCUUCCCAGUUUGACGAUGGCUUUGACACCUUAAAAUUCCUUGACGCCGAUGAAGGCCUUCACUUGCCCCAGAACGUGGACCUCAGCCGCUGCUUCAUAGCCGGAGAUAGUGCCGGCGGAAACAUAGCCCACCACGUAACGCUCAGAGCCGCCAUGAACCACGGCGAAUUCAAGAAAUUGAGGCUCGCGGGAUUGAUUGCGAUGCAGCCGUUUUUCGGAGGGGAAGAGCGUACGGAAUCGGAGCUCCGACUGACCAAGGUGCCAUUUGUUAAUAUAGAGCGUUCUGACUGGUCGUGGAGGGCUUUUUUGCCCCCAGGAUCGAACCGAGAUCACGAGGCGGCAAACAUUUUCUUGGGGGCAGAUGUUUCGGGGGUGGAGAAAUAUCCGGCCACGAUCGUGUUUGUUGGGGGUUUCGAUCCGUUGCAGGACUGGCAAAAGAGGUUUUACGAGUGGCUGAGUAAAUCUGGGAAAGAGGCUUAUUUGGUUGAAUACCCGAAUGCAAUCCAUGCUUUCUACGGAUUUCCUGAACUGCCGGAGUCUUCUCUGUUAGUCGCAGAGGUGAGGAAUUUCAUUCAAAAGCAAUCCUUGACAUCCCCAUGAGACUUUGGAUCUCACUGUUUCGGUUUGUUUGUUAUGCUUCUAAGGAAAUGGGAUCUGGUGUAUUUCAAGAUGUGUUUUGUGUUGCUAAAAUAAAACUUUUCAUGCGCUGUGUGUUUGGGUUUCUGUUUUUGCGUCUUUGUUAGUGUGGUUAUGUACCAAGUUUUUGUUUCUACUUUUCUGGCAACAAAAUGCUGGUGGUAAAGCAAGCUUUUUCUGCUUGUGGAUGCUGGAAUGUUGGGUUUGUGAUAGUUAUUAAUUUCAAGGUUUUAAAUAA